AUGAAAUAUCUGAGGAACAAGAUUAAAAUAUGGAAUGUGGAAACCUUUAAGAAUAUUUUUUCAGAGAAAAUAAGGGUGGAAGUGGAACUUGACAGGCUCAAUAACUUGGUAAUUGAGAAGGGGAUGUCAAAUGAAGAAUUUAAUACUAAGAAUUCUCUUAAAGUAGGAUUGGUAGAGAUUAUUCUGAGAGAAGAAAUGUUUUGGCAGGACAAAUCUAGAGAAUUAUGGAUCGAAACUGGAGAUUCAAAUUCAAAAUUCUUUCAUGCUUCAUUAAAAGCAAAGAGGAACAAAAACAUAAUUAAUCACUUGAUGGAUGAUUCAGGAAGAUUGGUUGGUAAAGCAGAGGAGUUGGAAUGCAUAGUAGUAAAAUAUUUUGAGAAAAUUUUGGGAUCUGCGGUGGGGCAGAAUGAUGAAUCUGUUGGAUAUCUGCUCGAUAUUAUUGACAAGAAGAUUUCGGAGGAGGAUAAUGCUAUACUAAUGUCUCCAAUUACAAAAGAUGAAGUUAAAAAGGCUACAUUUGAUUUACAUCUGCAUAAGGCUCCUGGACUAGAUGGGGUGACCAUGGAAUUUUAUUAG